AAUUAUAUUUUAUUUCUGCUCAUAAAAAAAUCUCUAAUCAAACAUAUUGCGCAGAAUUUGCUGUACGAAAUUUUUGCUGUUUUUUUUCCAAAAUUAAUUCGCAGAAAGAGAGAUUCAUAGAUUCGUUCGUAUUAAUUAAUGGAGAUGAAUCUCAGACACUCGCAAUGAUUGGAUCGGCGAAACCCUCAACUUUUGCUUUCCUGUUCUAGAUGCUGGAUCGAUUUCGAUUCGAUUUCGGCUGACUUUCUGUUUCUGGGGGGAAGCUGGAGGGGUGAAGAUUGUGCAUCGGUGGAAUAAGAGUGGGGGAAGAAUGCCUGCGCACGGGGAUCUGGAUCGGCAGAUCGAGCAGCUGAUGGAGUGCAAGCCCCUGACGGAAUCGGAGGUGAAAACGCUGUGCGAUCAGGCGAGGGCGAUUCUGGUGGAGGAGUGGAACGUGCAGCCGGUGAAAUGUCCGGUCACGGUGUGCGGAGACAUUCACGGCCAGUUCUAUGAUCUGAUCGAGCUGUUUCGCAUCGGCGGCAAUGCUCCCGACACGAAUUACCUCUUCAUGGGAGAUUAUGUUGAUCGUGGUUAUUACUCAGUGGAGACUGUUACACUUUUGGUUGCUCUCAAAGUCCGCUACAGAGACAGAAUCACAAUUCUUAGAGGAAACCAUGAAAGCCGGCAAAUCACCCAAGUAUAUGGUUUCUAUGAUGAAUGCCUGAGGAAGUAUGGAAAUGCCAAUGUUUGGAAGUUUUUCACUGAUCUGUUUGACUAUCUACCCCUAACAGCACUUAUUGAGAGCCAGGUAUUCUGUUUACAUGGUGGGCUCUCACCCUCAUUGGAUACACUUGAUAAUAUCCGAGCCCUGGAUCGUAUACAAGAGGUCCCUCAUGAAGGGCCGAUGUGUGAUCUGUUGUGGUCUGAUCCGGAUGAUCGUUGUGGUUGGGGGAUAUCUCCUCGAGGGGCUGGGUACACCUUCGGGCAGGAUAUAGCUGCUCAGUUCAACCACACUAAUGGGCUCACUCUGAUUUCCAGAGCUCAUCAGCUUGUGAUGGAGGGUUACAAUUGGUGUCAGGAGAAGAAUGUGGUGACAGUAUUUAGUGCACCAAACUACUGUUACCGGUGCGGUAACAUGGCAGCCAUACUAGAAAUCGGCGAAAACAUGGACCAGAAUUUCCUCCAAUUUGACCCCGCCCCUCGGCAGAUUGAGCCCGACACCACGAGGAAGACCCCCGACUAUUUUUUGUGAUGGUCAAAGUCAACUCUCGAUCGCUCUUGCCUGUUGUCGUCCCCUUGCCAGUGUUCAUGCCAUUGUAGAUGUAUACUCUCUCUCUCUCUCUCUCUCUCUCUCUAGCUCUCUCUCUACUGAGUCUUGAGUAUGUGCAUUUUGAAAGAAGAAAAAAACAUUGAGAUCUUUUAUUUGUCUACAUUUUUUGUUCAUUUUUUUCUUAGGGUUGUUGUGAAGAGUACUUAAUUGUUAACUUCUGAGAAUGUGUAGUUGUGGGUGGUGUAUGCAGGGCUUGCAUUUGUUUGUACUUAGUUUCUUAAUGGGGAUUCAAUUUUUAAAAUGGCAUUGCAAUUGGAUAUUGAGUACUGAAACAUUGUAAUGCAACUGCAUUUUUAUUUAUUUUUAUUGCUCCUACAAUUUUUUUUAAACCACACCCUAUACGUAGUACCCCGAGAAGUAUUUUACUCCAAAGAACAAACGAGGCAUAAACGGAUCUCUCUGUUAGAUGGAAACGCGACUCCUUAACCACCUUAUUCCGUUAAAAACAGAUUUGCGACGCUGCCGGAGUUCUCGCCGGCUCCCUCCUUUCCGGCAUCGCCUCACCGUGAAAGCUUCUCUUAACAAUCCUCAGGGGGGAAGUUACAGAGGGCCGAAGCCGAAGAGGGAAUUGGUGGCGGAUUGGGUGUCGAGCAACGACGGCGCCGUUCGCCGUUUGCCUAUAUAUGUCGGAGGGGUAUCUCUAUUGGCGGUUCUCGUCAAUCGCGCCGUCUCCGGCAUUGCUCCGGUAGCUGAUGCCGGCAGUUCACAAUCCAGGGCAGAUUUGUUAACACUGGGAUUGGCUGUUACCAGCAUCUUGAAUGGUCUUGUGUGGCUCUCCAUCAAACCAAAAUCGAUAGCUGUUGUAGGCCCUACAGGUGUGGAUUGCCAAAGAAUUGCAUCUGGUCUUCCUGCAUUUGCAAUAUCUGAAUUGCUCUGGGCAUGGGAUUCUCUAUCAAAUGUGACAUGCUGCAGGUCUCUAGUUAUUGUUUAUGAUAACAAGUGUAUACUUCAGAAGGGAGUUUUUCCUGCUUCUUCAUCUAAUGGGGCAGUCCGUGUCAACACUGAAAAAUUAAUACAAGGGUCACUUUAUCAAGAUGUCACAAAAUCCGGAUCACAGAGGUAUUUGGCGAACUUAUCUCUUUAUCCUGGGAAGUCAGAGUUGCCAUUUUUGCCUUCCAAUACACAGUCUGUAAUUUUGCAACCUGUUGGAGUAAAAGGAGUUGCUAUAAUUGGUGGUGAUUUAGUCCGAGGAUUCACAACUUCUGAUCAGGCAUGGAUUGCUUUGAUUGGGGGGAAAUUAGAUGCUACACUCACAAAAGUUGUGGGUGACAUAUCUGAAACUUCAAGUUCUUCUUCAUAGGACAAUUGCAGAAAGUUCCAAGUAAGGUAUCAUGACGCCGAACCUCGACAAGUAUUCUUCUGAUACAUGCCAAGUGAGCCACAAAAUCGUAUCGCUUUCGGUUAUUACAGAUUAGGACAUUCUUAGGCUGUACUUUGUUUUUAGUUAAGAUUACUACUUAUUAGCAUUGCCUUUAGUUGUUAGUGAGUUUCCUAAUUAGACUUUGUAUUCUCCUGCAUAAGGGGACUUCAUUCAUUAAUAGAAGCAUCAAAACUAGCAGAACUUGCAAAUAUCAAAUGGAUAGAAAAUUUAAGAAAGACAUGAGUAGUAG